ACCAGUCAGACACAAGUUCUGAGUUACAGGGUUGACAAAGACGAAAUAUAUUCAACACAGCAAUGAUGCAUAAGCUUGUAUUCUGCUGUCUCAUUAUCAUCAGCUUCUCCUGUCCUCUCUUAUCUGCUCCCAUCAUCAACGCCAGUGAGAUGUCCUAUCAGCUCUCAGCCAGUGAAGAUUCCAGGUUGAAUCCGGAGCGGGUGGGUAGCCCAGGGAGCGCUUCCCUGCUCCAGUUCCUGCCAGGGCUCCUGGGCACUCCAGCUGAAGACAACAAAGCAGGCCUUAGUCGCAGCAGCUACAGCCCAGGGGAAAGCAAUAAAGAGACUCCCUUCGGAAGCCACCCUCGAAUUGCUUUGCUGGGCCGCUUGUUGACCAAGGACAGGAAACAGUACAAGAAACGUGGGAAUCUCUCCGAGUGCUUCUGGAAAUACUGUGUGUAACCAGGAGAACAAACUCUUCCAGACUUUGGUUGCUUAAUUUAUACAGAUGCCUGUAAACAUGUAUAUAGAUUUGCUUGAUCUAAAAUCAGAAUGAAGAAACACAAUGACAAAUAACUUUACACUCCA